AUGUUGGUUCAAGGAUCUAAACUGGACUGGUUGCUAAAAGGUGAUGAUAAUACUGCAUACUUCCAUGCCAUAAUCAGGGGGGGAAAUAAGCAGACUAGCAUUCUUGUUUUAGAGGACCCUAAUGGAAAGCAACUUACUAGCCACAAAGAUAUUGAAGGGGAAGUUCUGAGAUUCUAUAAAGAUCUGGUAGGGACUAAUACGCAGAGGAGGAAACACAUUGAUAUUGUGGCUGUCAGAGCAGGUAAUCAACUGAAAGAUGAUGAUAGGAACAGCCUCACCAAACCUGUGACUGACCAAGAAAUUUUGACUGCUUUGAACAGUAUUGGAGACAAUAAAGCUCCUGGUACUGAUGGAUACACAGCUAAAGUCUUCAAGUCAACCUGGAAAGUGAUAGGAGUGGAUGUUACAGAUGCUAUACACGACUUCUUUACUCAGAACAGAAUGUACCCUACUGCAAACUGUGAGUUAGUAACUCUUAUCCCAAAGAAAAAUGAUGCAAAAACCAUGAAGAUAUGA